AAGCAGAAGCAGAAGCAGAAGCGAGUGUUUAUAUAAGAACACACUGAGAUCAAACAUUCAACUUUAUAAACUCGUAUGAAGAUGAGUCUGACGUGUGUGUGUGUGCUCUUCAUGUGGAUUAUAUGUGUUCACUCGACACGACAUCAUUAUGAUGCUCGAGUUAUAGACACUGAUCGAGGUGUUAUUCGCUAUUCUAUUGAAAACAGAGGUCAUAGAGAUUUCAUUAAACUGGUCAAGAGCUUCACAAGUGGAUCAGUUUGGGUUGCAGAUCAAGAGAACCUCUAUUCCAUUAACACAACAACACAGGUGAAAGGGCCUCAGAUUAAAGAUGAAUGUGAAGAAAACUCUAUGUGCGAGUACACAAUCUCUCUGCUCAGAGACGGGCUGGAUGAAAAUCUUCUGCUGGUCUGCGGAUCCACUGAAGAAAAAACAAAGUGUUAUAAUCUGAACUCAAGUUAUUCUUUAGACGACAACUUCCAGUUUGAUUAUGGCUUUAACAUUCAUGAACCUUCAUUACUCAUCGGUGAUAUGCUGUACUUUACCAAAUCUAACAUGGGACUGUACAGAAUAAACCGAAAGGAGAUGAAAGAUAAAAUCUGGCCGUAUCACACUGUAUCAGAGCAGAAGUACGUGAAGCUGAUGGCCAGUAAAGACACCCAGAAGGUUUAUUCAUUCUUCACAGAGAAACACAGAAGCGUCGGUGGAGACUGUGAAUCUGGUCUGUGGAUUCCACGCGUGUCUCAGAUCUGCACGAAUGACAGAGGAGGAUCUAAAGAUGUUCUUCAGUUCAGCUGGACGUCUGGGAUUAACGGCCGUCUGUACUGCGGGGGGUUGGAGGGAGAACGGCCCUUCACUCGCAUCGUCGACGUGGACACUGUGGAAACACACAAUGACGUCAAGAUUUAUGUCCUCUUCAGAAACCUCUGGAACACGAGUGCAGUGUGUGUUUAUAACAUGAGUGAAAUCAACAGCGUCUUCAAUUCCUCUGAAUUCAUGAAGAUGAAGAACAUGAACGCUCCAGAGGGUCAUCGGCCUGGACAGUGUGUUGGUGACAGCACCUGUCUGAGCGCUGAUGUCUUGAGGUUUAUGAAGGAGGGUCCUGAGGUGAAGGACUGGAUCAUGCCAGAGACCACCCCUCUGAUGUUUCAUCAUCAUCACUACACACACAUAAAAGUGCACACAAUAAACAAGGCUACUGUACUCUAUCUGGCUCUGGAAAGCGGAGGGGUUCAUAAAGUCCUGGAAGAUCAGCCCGUCUUCAUCAUCGCUGAGUUUCGUCCGUUUCCACACGGGACUCACAUCAGCAGCAUGCUGUUAGACACGUCUGAGAAGCGUCUGUAUGUGAGUUCUGGUAAGGAGGUGAUUCACAUUGACCUGCAGAUGUGUCAUGUGUAUGGAGAUGACUGUGAUGGGUGUGUUUUAUCCCGAGACCCUUACUGUGAUUGGAACGGUUCUCGGUGUGCCCCCGUCUCACAGAACUCAGUCCAGCACCCAGCGUUUUCUGAUUUACCUAAAGUGGCUCAAUCUAAGACUAAACCAGACGGCGGAGCGCCGGUGUCCAUCGUCCCGCCCUCCUCCAGAUAUUACCUGCUCUGCCCGACCAUUUCACGUCACGCCUCGUACCACUGGUACCACGGUAACACCCGUCUGGAGUGUGUUCAGAGCCGUCACGGCUGUUUGCAUCUCAUUGAGAGUAUGAAUGAAACUCACGAAGGUUCAUACAGGUGUGAAUCUACAGAAGGCGAUUAUCACAGAAACAUCAGCAGAUAUGAGCUCAGGAUGAACGCAUCACCAACACUUACUGUCAACACCGCGCUUUUACCAUGUUUCUUACUUCUGCUUACUCGCCUGCUCUCAUAGAGACAUCCCACCCUUCCCUUGCACCCAUUAACAAACGAAUAAUCCGGUAAUAAUCGCACAUGUGUACAGUUGAUCCAACGUGCAAUAGGAGGCUGAAGAACAUCAUUCGGUCAUACGAAUAUUUGUCAUGAUGUAACAGGAUGAGGAGUUUUGGCACUUCUGUCAUUUAUUUUUACGAUCAGUGUUUUCUGUCGUUUACAUAAUUCAUAACUUUUGAUGUAAUAUCAGAAUAACCUCUACUUUCAGAACGCAGAUUGUCAAACAUGAAAUCAUUCUGUCGUUUUAAAUGUACAGUGUGCUAAGGGAUUGAAUUGAAAGUGGUAUUUAUUUUCUUUGUGCGAGUGAAAAAUCUAUAUCUAAAUGUGCAAUAAGAACUUCACCACUGUGACUACUUGUGCUAUACACAUUUCAUUAUAAGAGCAGAUAUUUUUCUAUUUUAUAUGGCUGUUAUCAUGCAUUUUGUAUUUAUUGCACCGUGAACAAGUGUUAAAUGUUUGGAAUAUUUGAUGUAACAAACGUAGGAGUAAAAUCCAACACACGCACACUUCCACCCAAGUGCUCUGGAAAUGAACUUGUGACCCCUCACUUCCUCUUUCUUUCUAAAGGUCAUGAGCUUUUAGGAAAAGUGUGAUCAAUGAUCAGGAAAUCAUUAGUCAUUUUUAUUUUCCAUGUGUCUAAAUAAAAAUGUUUCGCAAACUGCUUA